AGUAUAGAGAUAGAGAGAAAUCGGUGAAAGGCAUACGCCUACCAUUAACACUUAUGUCACAAUCCACACCCAUUUCUCACAACCCUUUUGUUCAUCUCUUUCUUUGCUCUUGUUUUUGGUGCCCGUGGUUUUCUAGACAGUGAGAGAUAGAAAUAGGACCCAAGGUAGAUAUAAAGAGACAGAGAAGUUUUGUUUGUUUUGUUUUUGUUACUGAUGCUCUUCAAAUGGGGAAGAAUGAAGACCAAAAUCUGCAGCAAAGAGAGCAGAAUGUUGAAUCAGGGAACAAUCGUGGGCAUCCUGGAUUCUUGUCGAGAUUUUCAAACAUGUUCAGUUUCAGAUGUGUUUUUGUUUUGCUCCUCAGUUUGUCGGUGUUGUUCUCUGGGAUCUUCUGGAUCCUUCCUUCUCGCUCUGUGAAAUCUGGGCUCGAUGCUAAGCAAGCUAUUAAUCUCAGUGCACCGGUUCAUGCAUACUUUACACUUGAGAAACCGGUGUCGGAGCUCGUUCGGCAUAUCAGAAAGUUAGAGUAUGAUAUCUAUGAAGAAAUAGGUGUUCCGUAUACCAAGGUGGUUAUCCUAUCCAUGCACAAGUCCAGUGCAUCUAACUCUACUUAUGUGGUGUUCGGUUUUCUUCCCGAUCCUGUAAAUAGACCGAUUAAUCCAGUAUACCUAAGUGUGCUGAGAUCAUCUUUAAUCGAGCUGUUCCUCCGUCACUCCAAUCUGACUUUGACGACCUCCGUAUUUGGGCAUCCAUCUGAGUUUGAGAUUCUAAAGUUUCCUGGGGGGAUCACUGUAAACCCUUUACAAUAUGCUUCUAUCGGACAAAUAAACCAGAUUUUAUUCAAUUUUACUCUAUAUAAUUCGAUAUCCGAAAUUGAUGACAAACUCAUUGAGCUAAAGGAUCAGCUAAAAUAUGGAUUGCAUCUGAGGUCUUAUGAGAAUUUGUUUGUGCAAUUAACAAACAUAAAUGGCUCCACAAUGUCCUCUCCGAUCAUAGUUCAGGCUUCGGUGAUGUCAGAUGGUUUCAGUAGCCUUUUGCCUCAGAGAUUAAGGCAGUUGGCUCAAACCAUUACAGGCUCUCCCGCGAAGAAUCUCGGGCUUAAUAAUUCAGUCUUCGGUAAAGUUAAAAGCAUUAGCUUGUCAUCUUAUCUGAAGGGUAAGCUUCAUCCUACCCCUCCCACUCCUCCACUAGCUUCGUCUCCAGGGCCUUCAAUGUCCCGUCAUCCUACUUUUUCACCAAGUAGUUCUCCAGCACCAGCACCCAAGAAGCAUCAUCUUCCGCCUUGUCCCAAAUGCAAAUCUGCUGCUCCUUCCAGUCAUAAUCCAAUUCAUUCACCAGGUCCGAGAAGUGGCUCCGACCAUACUUUUCCGCCUUUGAUUUCUCCAGAACCUUCUAGUUCUGCAAUACACCCUCCACCCCCCUGUCCAUACACUCACCCUGCAAUUCCGCCAAGCUCUUCUCCGAGAUCUCAUUCUAGACAAUUUUCUAACCAUCCACCUCUAAUGAGUCCCGGAUCAAAGUUGUAUCCAGAUCUACCACCUUUACCUUCUGUGUCUUACGGCUCUCAUCCAGGCCAUGGUAUGGACGGCACGAAAGGCCCGGUUUCUGCACCACUUGCUCAGUCUCCGCCUGCGCUAUCUCCUUCUUCUAUAGCAGCAGAUGUUCUCCCGAACGAACUCUGGUUAUCAGCAUUCUUAGGAUUCUUGACCUUCCAUCUCCGUUUAUGAUCAAGAUCGAUUCAUUUUGUGUUAUACCCUCCUAUGUUCCAAAACAUGAAAAGGCAAUCAUGGUAGAAGCCCCUGCAAAAAGUUCCAAAGGUUUUCCGGGGAACGAUGUACAUGUAAAUGAAAUGGCAAAGCCAGAAAUUUCACAAGCCAGACAUCUUACUUCGAGAUCGUGACGAAAUACACUAGUUGUUUCUUUCCCAAUGGGAAUAAUAACUCCAAGAGAUGGUUUUGACUACUUAAAGAAGUAGUCUUCCACAUGUAGGUUUCAACAAGAACCAUCUCUCUUAUAUAUUGUUUCAAGUGUAAAGAA